AUGCUUGCACCUAAGAACCCUUUGCGCAGAACAAUGCUCCUCUACAACAGCACAGACUCUGUGAGAGGAGGAGUUCCUCUGGCAGUGGACUUCGACAGCCCUGAGGAUUAUUUCAUAUUUAUUUUCCAGAUUUUAUUCGCUACAACUACUGUCCUGGUGGCCGGACCUGUAGUCAUAUCUAUUUUGGCCACCAGAGCUCUCCGCCUCCAGAACAGGUUUAUCUUCAUGCUGAACACUAGUAUCUGUGACACGCUGGUUGGCUUGUCAGUGUAUUAUAACGGUCUGUUUGAUGUUUAUGAGGGAUAUCCGUCUAGAAAUGGAACUUAUAAUAUUUUACCUUCACUUCUUGGGGUCAAUAUAUUGACGUUUCUGUUCGCUCAGUUUGACCGCUAUUUUGCCGUGUGCCAUCCAUUCAUCUACAGUCGCUUCAUAACCAGACAGUUUGUGAUAUGCAUAAACAUCUACUGCUGGGUGUACAAUGCUGCUCACUUGAUGGUCAGGAAUUUGUUGCCACUUUCCAAAGCGAUGCAAAUGUACGUAUUCAGCAUUGUCCUCUUUCAGUUAAUCGUGCUCACGAAAGUGGUCAUGACUAUAAAACUGUAUGUUGUUGCCAGAUUCCAGCUUGACAGAGAUCCUCCCGGGAGCGACAAAGACAGCAAGAAGGAAUCGUUAAGAAUCAUUAUUUUUGUUGUCAUCAGCUUCUUAGUGCUGUGGUGCCCCUCUUUUGUUAAUAUUAUCAUCAGAUUUUUAGGAAGAGGAGGGCUGACGUUUAGGAACGAGGCCACCAAUCUUUUCGCCAUCAUGGCUCGUUUCAACGCUGUGUGCACACCGUCUGUGUAUAUCUGGGGGAGUCCGGCUCUGAGAGAAGCCAUGAUGAGGACAGUGUGGGGCAGAGUGUGCCCGAGAUGCAACAAGAGGUAA